AUGUCCGCCAUGUCCGCCGCCGAGUACGACGCGCUCAUCUAUCCCGGCUUCCUCCGUCGCAACGUCGCGCGCUGGAACGACGACGGCAGCGCCGCGCCGCUCAGCCGCAGCAAGGGCCCGCGCAACGAAACCUUCGUCCUGCAGCUGCGCAGCGGCGAGAUCGAUCAGGACGUCAGCGCGAUCGAGGGCGAGCUCGGAUUAGCGCUCAAAGGGUUGAAGGGCGCGCGCAAGGGACGCGCGAGCGUGAACGCGGAGUGA